AUGUUAGCGUCCAAAGCGAAAGCAUCGCACCCACUCAAUGGGAUGCACACGGCUGGCAUCUUUGCCGACCCCAGCGUCGAUGGCCCAUUGAUCGGCACCCUGGUCGCUAUCGUCGACCGCGCAAAGAACUUGCCCAACCGCAAGACCAUGGGGAAGCAGGACCCCUACUGUGCAGCACGCCUCGGCAAGGAAGCGAAGAAGACGACGACAGAUAUCCGCGGAGGACAGACACCCAAAUGGGACCAAGAGCUUCGAUUCGCUGUCCACGAUUCCCCAGACUACUACCAGCUUAAGGUGUCAGUAUUCCACGACGAUAAGAAGACGGACCUCAUUGGAGAGACGUGGGUCGACCUCAGGGAUAUCAUUGUUCCCGGCGGAGGGCAGAACGACUUGUGGCGCAACUUGACCUUCAAGGGCAAGUAUGCCGGAGAGAUUCGCAUGGAGAUCACAUACUACGAUAUCCGGCCAAAGCCCGAGAAGCCCGUAGCGAAGCCCAAGCCUGUCGAGGCCGAGCCGAUUGAGACGUACGCAUCCCAUGGAACGAUCCCUCGAAAGCAGAUCAAGAGACGCCCGCUGCCCUCCGAUCCUUUCACGGGCGAGGCCCCCGCCGCCCCGUCACCAGAACAAGCACCGACCCCGCCUCGCGCUGGUGGCCCUCGAGGACCCAAGGAGAUGAGCGCACCGUCGUCGCCAGCGCCAGAACCGAGAGAGCAGCCGAGUCUGUCAGGCUCUCGACCGAUGCCCACGAAGAAGCCCACACCCGCACAAGUACCGACGCCGUCGCCAUUGCAGGCUAUUGAGUACCACGCUUCUCCUGCUUCUCGCAGCCAGACAGAGCUACCUGCGCCGACGUCACCCGCUGCCCUAUCUCACCCCGCCGAGGUGACACCUCAGCACACUCCCACGAGGCACGAGCGCUACGAUAGCCCCACUUCUCAGCACGACGAGAGAGACUACAGCCCGAGAUAUGCUUCCCAAGAAAUCGUCGAUCGAGCCCACUAUCGUCAAGGCUCGGAGCCACCGCCCCGCGAUUCGUAUCUUCUCGAGGACUCGAGAAAUUCUCCCGCAGCCGAGGAUGAUAGGCCGCCGCCGCCUCCUGCUCACCGCAGCAGAGGAAACUCUCAGGAUAUGGUCUUGAGGGGCUCGUUCGACACGCCGCCGAAAUCAGCAAAUGCGGCCAUGAGACAGGAUGUUCUCCGAAACGAGGCGCACCGCAUGUCGUUUUCUACGGCAGCAUACCCUGGACGACCGCAGUACCGUGGAUUUGACUCUGCUCCAGAGGUCAGACACGCUCUGCCAGCUCCAGAGGAUCACUUCCAGGAGCAGUCUCACCCCCGACACCACUCCUAUGAUGGACAUGCUGAGUACAGGUCUAUGCAGCCGACGGUUGAGGAUGUUCCAGAAUCGCCUACACCUGCGAAUAAGACUACCGCUCGAAGGACAUCGCGCGUCCCUCCGUAUGACGAACUGGGCUUUGGCCAGGAUCAGAAGCCAGCGCCGCCUCCACCUCAAGCAUUGGCCGUUGGCCCUAGGCAGCCCGCUCGAGCGCCUCAAUACCAAGAACAAGCACACGAUCAGGGAUACGACCAAGUGCCAAGCCCGGCGCCGUUGAACAUUGGCGGCAGAGGCAGUGCAGGAUCUCGCCAGCGCGGCCAGUCGCCUAAUCCCGCCUACGACAGGGGCAACGAGAUGGUUUCAUCAGGUCCUUACAGCACAUCGCCGCAGCCAGACUAUCAACCUCAGGGCAACGAGCUUGUUUUUGCGGGCCGCGGUUCAGCAUCUCCGGGUCGCUUCAGCACCUCCCCCCAGCCGGAGUACCAGCAAGACUAUCAGCAGGACUACCGGCAGCAGCCGGAGUACCAACCUAGAGGUGAUGAGUUGGUGCUUGCUGGAAGAGGGAAUGCUUCACCUUCUCACUACAGCACUUCGCCGCAGCCAUACGUUCGAGGCGACGAGAUGGUCCGACAUCAGCCGGUGUCUCCCAUGUCUAUGCGUGACCCGAGAGGUGAUGAAAUGGUUCGUCACCAAGUGUCGCCCAUCGCUACGAGGGAUAUCAGAGGCGAUGAGAUGGUGCGCCAACAUCAGUCUCCCAUUGCCUCCAGAGACUUCGCGCCCAGCCCUCAAGACUACCACUCUCGCAGCCAGAACUCUUAUGUAUCGCAGCGAUCCGAGCUCUCGGGAACCGAGAUAAAGGCAACGACCAUGCCUUCUGUCCCUGCCUCUUUGGUGCCAGGAGUCGAUCCCGGCCUCACACAAGAUGUCACCGAUCGCAUUUACGAGGACCGACGUCAGACAAGGCGUUACACAACCGAGAGUAUCACGACGCCGACACGUGGUAGGCAGCAUCCCGGAUACAACGACCAGACCUACAUCCCGCCGCGACACGACAACCGGCAGUCUGUGGCUUACAGUGGUGAUAUGCAUAGAGGACGCGGUCCUUCGCCUGCGCCCCCGCAUCAAAGCAUGAGAGGACGAGGUCCCUCACCGCAGCCGUACGCUCAUGACAUGAGAGGAAGAGGUGCCUCCCCUCAACCUUAUGCUCAGGACAUGAGAGGCAGGGGCGCAUCCCCCCAGCCCUACGCUCAGGAUAUGCGCGGCCGUGGCGCCUCUCCGAACCCCUACGCCCACGACACGAGGGGACGUGGUGUAUCGCCUAAUCCCCACCACGAUAUGAGGGGACGCGGCGUGUCGCCCAAUCCUCACCACGAUAUGAGACGCGGCAUUUCUGUCAGUCCUCAUCCUCAACAUCGCGCACGUGGUCUUUCACCGAUACCGCCGCCGCAGUCUAGACGAGGAAUGUCCCCCAACCCGUCUCACACGAUCAAGCGCAAGUCGGUCAGUCCAGCGCCGCCCCCGGAUCAUCGCAGAUUGUCUGGCGUUCCCUUCGGUCCCGACUCAUAUGAUGCGCUCAACCCGACGUUGUCCGCCACUGGCAGCGAUAUCUCCAGACCCGACCCGGAUGAGAAGAUCAUCACCCAUGAUGGCCGUGAGAUUGAUCCUUCCGAUCACCUGCCCAUGGACACUUGGGCGCCGGAGCCUGAGCCGAAGGGUCCGAAGACCCCAGCCACAGCAUCCGUACGUUCAAGAGUCUCAAUGGCUCCUCAACCUGCGCCUACAAGCGGUCGUCGUCAGCUUCGCAUCGCGGCUCGACCGCAAUCCCAGGUUUCGCCCGUCUCCUACGACUCGGAUCGGUACAGCACCCCGCCCGCUCCAAACGCCGGUGCCCGAAACCGGUUGCAGAAGAAGACGCAACGCAUGUCUGCUCUUCCUUCCACUUCGCCAGCAGGAUCUAGUCCCCUGGCGCCCAUCUCUUCGCACAACUACCAGGACCAUGGCAGCGACUUCACGCCGCCUCGCAUGUCACGCGCGAGCACGUGGGACUACCCUAGUGAGAAUCACGCUCCCCAGUACGGCAGCUCCCCCGGCGGCAUGCGUGGCGGUCCCCCGAUCCCGGCGAAGAUCCCUCUGCCCAUCAUGAGCGGAGCCAACAACGCUAGCGAGAGCGAGUGGGCUCUCAUGCAGGAGAUGAGCCGCAUUGACAUUGGUGCUGGGCGCUCCAGACGUCAUCGUUACUAG